UCCUGUUCCUGCCGCCGGGUGUUUCCGGGGCUGUUUUGUUGAUCUCUGCGCUUUUUCUGCGGAUUAAACUCACAAAUGUCGCAGUGACGGAGCCUCGGGGACGCGCGCUGCUCGUGCCAGUCUGGGCCAUGCUCUCUCUCCCACUCACUCUCAGCCAAUCAGAGCACAGCGGGCGGGACAAAUCUGGCAUGGCCCCACCUUCUGAGCUGCCCGUCACCCGAAACCCCGCCCCUCCACCGAUCCCUUUGGCCGAAGACCUGAACACCGCACUCCCAUUGGCCGAGGACCCGAACACCGUGCUCCCAUUGGCCGAGGACCCGAACACCGCGCUCCCAUUGGCCGAGGACCCGAAUAUCGCGCUCUCAUUGGCCGAGGCGUGGUCGCUCCCAGUCUCCUCCACUCCUCAGAUGCCUCCUCAGAUGUCUCCUCAGAAGCCUCCUCAGAUGUUUCCUCAGAUGUUUCCUCACACGGCUCCUCACAUGCCUCCUCACAACUCUCCUCAAAUGUCUCCUUGUUCGUCUCCUCCCUCCUCUCCUCACAUGUCUCCUCAGAUAUCUCCUCAGUUGCCGCCUGGGCCGUGCGUCCUUUGCUCCUCGAUGCUUCCUCGUCUCCUUUCCUCGCUCCUUUCCUUACACCAAAAAGAGAUGAAGCGUCUGAUUGGAGGAGCCAUGGCAACCUUUGACCAACGGCUGAGCGCUUUAGAGCGACGCCUAAACGAGGACAGAGGAAGUAAGGAGAGAGGAGGUGAGGACAGAGGAGGUGAGGACAGAGGAGGUGAGGACAGAGGAGGUGAGGACAGAGGAGGCGAGGACAGAGGAGGCGAGAGUUCGUCAUGGUCAGAGGAAGAGGAGCCAGUGGCAGGUCCAAGCCAAUCAAGUAAGAGGAGACGAAGGAGGGAAGAGAAAGAAACAAGGAGGAAACGAAGGAAGCACCAAUCAGAGCAGAGUGUGGUGUCUGAGAGCCAAUCGGACCAAAGCGCGAGGACUGCGGGCCAAUCAGAGCGCAGGGUGUGUGCUGUUGCCGGGCAGAAUGGGCUCCGGGCUCCUCUGCUGCUUCGCCCACAGUUCUCAUCAGUAUCCCAUGAUGCUCUGGGUUCAGUGGAGGCGUGGCAUUUCUCUGGCUCCACCCCUCGCUCCUAUCGCCAUGGUGAAGUGAGAGCGAUGAUGACGUGGCUGAUGACAGCGUCAGGCCACGCCUCCAGGCGACGGUUGCCGUGGCGCCUGUCGCUGGUUGCCGUGGAGACGGCAAUGGGCGUGUCCCUCAGUGAUGUCACAGUGGCUCCAGAGCGCCCCCUGCAGGACCACAGCGCUCCCCCGUACAUCAGCGCCGAGCACAGUUACGUGAGGUCAUCUUUGUUCAGUCUGGGGAUUUCCGCCCGGCGACAGCAAAGACAUAGAGCCAAUCACAGCACUCGCCGACGGCCACUCCCACUGCCUCCCAUGCCAACCAAUGGGCUCACAGUGUCACUGACAUCGGCCCAAUCAGCUGCCAGCGCUGAUCUGCCCGGCAACAAGAAAGACGUGAAUCACAAUGCAAAAGUGAAGAGAGUUUCUCAGAUCCGGAUUCGUCGAACUUCACCAAAAGAAACAAACCUCACCCCCCUGGGCCUCCCCAAAGUGAAACGUUUGAAGAAGAAAGAGUUCAGUUUGGAGGAAAUCUACACAAACAAGAACUACAGGUCUCCGUCUGCAAACAGCAGCAGUCUGGAGACCAUCUUCGAGGAGCCACGGGAGAAGGACGGAGCGCUGCUUCUGAUUGGUCAGCAGAGACGAAGACGCCUGCUGCACUUUCCUGAUUUCACCCAACCACGGAAGAGGAAACGCCCCACCCCAGGGGUGGGGCUGGUUGCCAUGGUGCCCAGGAAGCGGGCGGCAGCAAGACGUGGUUGCCGUGACGAUGACUGUGACUCAGACGUAAUGCUCCUGCAACGACUGAGCGCGCUCCACGACUUCCUCCAGCGCCAGGGCCUGGACCAGGACUCCUGAUGAAGACCCGGUUUAGACCCAGUUCAGACCUGGUUCAGACCCGGUUUAAACCCACUUUAGACCCGUGCUGUGUCCGAAUGUCUCCCUCUGCCCCUCACUCCUCAGCACCUCCCUCUGUACAUAGCCCCACCCACUGUACAUAGACCCUCCCUCUUUAUCAGACUAUAGAGCCUCAUUCACAGAUCACUACACUCGGGCCAUGUGACUCGGGCCGUGUGACUCGGGCCGUGUGACUCGGGCCGUGUGACUCGGGCCGUGUGACUCGGGCCGUGUGCCUCGGGUCGUGUGACUCUGAUAAACUUGAUUUGUGUCAUAAAUAAAGAUGAAGUUGGACUGAUCUUUAUGGACUAAUAAUAAUCUCACACAUUUAUGUCAAACUGGAUCUGACGUAAACAGUGUUCACAUUUAUAUUAACAACUCGAGCUAAAGGCUAACGCUAGCACCUUUACAUCAUAACUCUUUAUGAUCGGUCUGCUAACAGCUCGAGCUAAAGGCUAACGCUAGCACCUUUACACCGUAACUCUUUAUGAUCACUCUGCUAACAGCUCGAGCUAAAGGCUAACGCUAGCACCUUUACACCGUAACUCUUUAUGAUCGCUCUGCUAACAGCUCGAGCUAAAGGCUAACGCUAGCACCUUUACACCAUAACGGUUUAUGAUUGCUCUGCUAACAGCUCGAGCUAAAGGCUAACGCUAGCACCUUUACACCAUAACGGUUUAUGAUUGCUCUGCUAACAGCUCGAGCUAAAGGCUAACGCUAGCACCUUUACACCAUAACGGUUUACUUCAGUGUUUUCUUCAUAAUCAGGAUGUGUGUGAGAUAAACCUGAGCUUCUGCGUCGUUCAGUCGUGUUGUGUCCAGGUAAAGACCCGUCUCACUGGGGUUUUAGACUCUCCCAGUGCAUUGUGGGAUAUAUUGACUGGUCUAGUGACCAGUGCAGGACACUACUUUUCAAGGUGCAUUGUUGGAAAGUUUGGGUGCAGUAUUUAGUAGUAACUGGUGCGGACAUUUGGACACAGCCCCACGUUAGAUCUGGACCAGUUUAGACCUCCUUUAGACCUGGUUUAGACCCGGUUUAGACCCAGCUUUAAACCUGGACCAAUUUAGAUCCUUUCAGUCCUAGUUUAGUUCUAGGAUGGUCCCAGUUAGAAUGAUCCCCAAAAAAUAAUCUGUUGCACAGAAAAGUUAGCGGCCGGAUUUGAGCCGUCACUGGACCUGACCUCACUUCCUGUCCCCACUGAGAUCACUUCCUGUCCCUCGGCCCUGCAGCCUGUUGUCACGGAGGCGGCCUGAGCCAAUCAGCUGCUGCCGUCGUGUGUGCUGUUUUUGGUGUUUUUACAGUGUUUUAAGCGAGUUGAUCAUGUGACCCCUGAGCCCCGCCCACUCAUGUAAAUUACUCUAUUUUUGGAGGAAAUAAAAGUUUGUCACUUG